UUUUUUAUCAUAACUUGGGUUCUAGGGGAUACUUUCGGCUGAUAGCCCCAAUUUAGACCCAAGAUCUGGUCCAUUAAGAAAAAAAAGGAAAUGGAAAAAUAAUUAAUGCAGAGAAAAAUUUUGGAAAUAAAGUGUAAAGAUCUAAGCUGACCAGAAUAGGUUUUGGUUUUUCUACAGCAAUAUUUUGGUGGAGCAUAUGUUUUUGUAUUUUGCAGCGGAAGAGGCAAAGGAGAUCCAAUACUGAAUCAGUAGCAGCAGUAGCCAUGACUAGACGAGCCUCACGACUCAUCCAUUUUUUGUCUUCCAAGAUUUCUUCUCACAAGCUCCAAAUAUCCCCACUCAGUCUCUUCUCCUCCUCUUCCUCUUCCUCUUCUUCUCAUUUUUUGACUCAGUCACGGUCUUUCUCGGCGGCUCCAGCGCCUCCACCUGCGGUUUUCGUAGACAAGAACACUCGCGUUAUUUGCCAAGGCAUAACUGGAAAGAAUGGCACUUUCCACACCGAGCAAGCCAUCGAAUAUGGCACUAAGAUGGUUGGUGGAGUUACACCAAAGAAGGGUGGCACAGAGCACUUAGGACUUCCUGUUUUCAACACAGUUGCCGAAGCAAAGGCUGAAACCAAGGCUAAUGCUUCUGUCAUUUAUGUUCCUCCACCUUUUGCUGCAGCUGCUAUCAUGGAGGGUAUGGAAGCUGAAUUGGAUCUUGUUGUUUGUAUCACGGAAGGGAUUCCUCAACAUGACAUGGUUCGUGUGAAGGCUGCCCUUAAUCAGCAAUCAAAAACUAGGUUGAUUGGUCCAAACUGCCCUGGGAUCAUUAAACCUGGGGAAUGCAAGAUUGGAAUUAUGCCUGCAUAUAUUCACAAACCAGGUCGCAUAGGAAUUGUUUCUCGAUCGGGCACUUUAACAUAUGAAGCAGUUUUCCAAACAACUGCAGUUGGUCUGGGGCAAUCAACCUCUGUCGGAAUUGGUGGGGAUCCUUUUAAUGGAACCAACUUCAUUGAUUGUGUGACAAAAUUCCUUGCUGAUCCUCAGACAGAAGGUAUCAUUCUAAUUGGUGAGAUAGGGGGCACCGCAGAAGAAGAUGCUGCUGCACUAAUAAAGGAAAGUGGGACUGAAAAGCCUAUUGUUGCCUUCAUUGCUGGACUUACUGCUCCUCCGGGACGGCGUAUGGGUCAUGCUGGAGCAAUUAUAUCCGGAGGCAAGGGCACGGCUCAGGACAAAAUCAAGACUCUAAGGGAAGCUGGAGUGACAGUUGUUGAAUCACCUGCAAAGAUUGGUGUGGCAAUGCUUGAUGUCUUCAAGCAAAGAGGUCUCGUGAAUUAGUGUUUUUUCUAGAAAACAAAAAAAAAAAAAAAAAAGAAAGAUGAAAACGAUUUCCUGAACUAGUUUCAGGUUGACUUCUUUGAUAUUUUCAUUGUUUUGUCCAAAAUUAUUUUACAUUGAAAUGAGGGAAAAUCUUUUUACCCUCGUUUUAAUUGUGCCGUUGUUGCGGAAACCAGAUUUGGCAUAAAAAAGAGCUACAUUUUGGUAGUUGCGUUGAUACAACUAUAUUAAUAAAAAAAAAUUCAACA